AAGCUCACACUUUUUGAGCUUGAGUUGCUUAAGCUCUACCGACUUCACGUCCCCAACGUUUUGGAAAUUGCAACAGAUCGCUUACAAUCAACGUUCAACAUGCCUGGACGUCCGCUUUGGCAGGUUGCUGGCAAACGAGAACCAGAACAGGAAGCUGAGGCUCAGCAAUGGAUCGAGAAAGUCGUCGGAGAGAGAUUUCCGCCAGGCGUGAGUUAUGAGGAUGCCUUGCGGGAUGGUGUGUUGCUUUGUAAACUUAUGAACAAAUUACAACCGGGUCUCAUCACCAAAAUCAAUACGUCUGGUGGUGAUUAUAAGAUGAUGGACAAUCUUAAUCAAUUCCAGAAAGCCUGCGUGAAAUACGGAGUUCCGGAUGUAGACUUAUUCCAAGCUGUCGACCUUAUGGAAAGAAAGAAUAUCGCACAAGUGACCAACACUAUUUUUGCCAUCGGCCGCACUACGUAUAGACAUCCAGAAUGGCGUGGACCAUGGCUGGGUCCAAGGCCAGCGGAAGAAAAUAAACGAAACUUCACGGAGGAGCAAUUAAGGGCUGGCGAAGGUUAUAUCGGUCUACAAGCUGGUACUAAUAAGGGUGCGACUCAAGCUGGUCAGAACUUUGGAGCAACAAGAAAAAUUCUUCUCGGAAAAUAAUAUCUACGUAGAAUUUUUUAACAUAUUUAAGACUUUUAAAUGGUUCGAAAUUAAUUUUGGUCAAAAUGCCUAUCAACACCAUAGAAGGGUAUCAAGUGAAUUAUAAUUAAUCGUAUUAACAAAAGUUAGGUUUCUUUAAUUACCUUAUACUAUAAUAGAUGACAGCGCAUGAGAUUAAUAAUUUGACAAAAACAAUUGUCGUUUAAUAUGUUUCACAAAUGUAAUAUGAAGUAACAACGAUUUCAUUAUAACAUAUUGAUUCAAUAAAUUCAUGACUGAUUAUUUUAAUUCA